AGCACUCCCUUCACUACUAAUACACCUUCGUUGAAGUCAAAAGGUGUAUCACUGCUCGGUUGUUUACAGUACCACAUGGCAGAACAUACUACCACGUAUUCGUAAGCAAAAGGAGGAGAGAUUCAAUAAGACCACGCGCCGCAUCACUCAAUCGGAGCCUACUGGCAACAAGACUCAGGACGGACGGGCUAACGAUCGAGCGAGUGACGCGACGCAACACAACGCAAAAUAAAUAAAUUGAAGGAGUCAUGGUGACACACACGGGUUGCGCCGGUGCCGAAGAAUCGAUGGUGGCUCCAGCACCGACCCGCUACGAGAUCCAUUAUCGGGAAGCCGUCCAGCCUUCCUGGUGGAUGUCGCUGGCGAUGCCUUUCCUGGUUCCUAUCGCCGCUGUCGCGAUCGGUGUCUUCUUGCCCCAAACAGCCUCGGGUUCUUUUGUGGAUGUUGAAUUUUCUAGUUUUGGCUUCCGACACUCGUACGAGAAAUACAAAGACGACACCGCUUUGGUCGCGGGGGCCAUCUCGGUGGCCAUUGUUGUUUUGUAUUGCUGGGGUUGUCUAUUUUCCACGAGACGCCAAGCACAAACAAGAGACACCGAGCUCUCCGUCACGAUUUGUCCCCUCGGAAUACAGCGAUCCAAAAUCAUUACUACAAGCACUGCGUCUAGUGAUUCGAGUCCGGAAAUCGAACGAGUCUGUAACURUCCUCUCGUUCCUCUUGAGUCCAUAAAAGACUGCAUCCUUUUGGAACACGUUGGUGGUUUCUCGGUUACUACCCACGUUAUGAUCCGGGUGGCACUCGAAAAGACAGCGGGAGGAACAAACAAGGACGCUAAGUUUGAAUUGGUCCCAGCAUUCCCGGACGCGAUUCUUACCUUUGAUCAGUGCCACGACCUCGUUCACCAGAUCCAGGGGGCCCUUGGAGAGAUGCGCUAGAACCCUCUAGGGUCUGUUCUCAAAGACAGCACAUGAAGUCAUUUCAUUGGAUACCAAUCACCGACMAAUGAUUCUCCGAUCACCGGUUCGAUUGKACGGUUUGGAACAACCACUGCGUSGAUUGAUGCGUUUGAUAGAACSAUCGAGAGAUAGGGGUGCUGCUAGAAUUCCCUCGCUACGAGAAUUGUAUCACAGGGUACAGUGCGUCGCAACCCUAGCUAUUCCGAAUYCGGWUUUUGUGAAAGCACUAGAUUCUGCGCCGUAGGUUUUGCACUGCAGUGAAUUUUCACUCUGGGGACUCUGGCCGGGGGCUACCACUUAUCACUCCACUAUCGGAGAGUCUCAUCGACAAAAGAAAAUUUUAGCGUUGACAAAAGAAAAUUUUACGAAGCAUUUUUUCUCUCCAAGGGCGAACGAUUUCGUUGUCAAGUGUAUCUCUGAAGUUCCGAAAAUCAGAGAACAGUUAGUGACUCGAUGUUGCUUUUGCAAGCGUUACACUGCACAAUUGAC